AUCUCCAUUUAUUUCUGAGUAUGGAAUGGCAAAGUUUUCCUCUGCAACGUGCUCACAUCGAUGCCGAGAAAAGCGGAUAUCGAAUUUCUAUGGAUCGACUUUUUUGUAACCUAGAUGGACUCCUCAAAAGAGACAUGAAUGAUUGUUUGUCAAAACAUCUCAACGGAUUCCUCGACGACCACGCAAAAAUAUACCAGUUUGGACUACGUAAUCAAAGAGAAAGGGUUAAUCUCAGAGCGGGAGAAGGCUUCCCUAUGAAGGACGAACAAAAAACACUUCAAGAAAGUUUCUUGAACCCGUUUACUCGCAAAAGUCAAAGCGCUUCGGUUCACAGGCCCUCAAAUAUGCGGUUCAAAUCAACACGCUUGCGUAAUGGUAUAUCGUCCGCUCCGUCAAUAAACGCGUUUUCGUCAAAUAGAUUAAUCAGACCGCCUAACAUUCCUUCAAAACCUCCCUGUAACACGACAAACGAAAGGAAGCCGCGACGCCAAUCAAAAUUGGAAGGACUUCCCUCAUCUUCAGAGGCCGAAGCCGCAAGCAAUGUGUUGCCAGGCAACGGUUGGUGGAGAGGCACGUGCAGCAACGAUUCUGAGACAGAUUCGGAGGUCAGCAGUGAAACUGAAAACAGUGAACGUUCCAAUCUAGAAAUAAAAAAGGAUGAUUCUACCCAACGAUACUCUUUGGAUGCGCGAGACAAUUCUAACAGUCGUCAGUCGUCAAUUAGUUCAAUAGCUUCGGAAUUCAGUGAGACCGAAACAAAAACUCGAGCACAGGAAAGUUCCACUCCCCGUCUACCUUCAAAACUCCAAAAAGAGCAGAUUAGAGAAAUAAGCAGAGAAUUGGAAUCUUCGUCUUUCUUUCAUUUGACGAGUGGGCCUGGGAACGAGAGUGGGCCGAUAGAUGAAGCAUAUCUAGAGCCCAUACCACCACGUACUACUCCGGAUCUUGAUGAAAAAGCCUGUUCUACAAGCAAAACUCUGUCGCCCUUAAGUGGGUCUCCAAGCCUUUUUAUAACGGCAGAAAAGUUGGACGAUGACUUGAAACUAGAUUCCAAAGAAUUACUUAAUCAAAGGUUUUACAACUCAACAAGUCGAGUAAAUUACAAUAAUUCAGCUACGUUUAUGCAUAAUAGUGCGCAUUUUGAUAUAGAGCCAAUCAGUAGAGAAGACAAUUUUCAGAGGCGCGUCGAUAAAUACCGAAAUAUAUCAUGUGCUUUUCCCAGAGUUUGGGAAAGCAAGAAUGGGUCAAAGAACAACAGAGCUGUUCCGAUAAGUCUCCAAAAGCGAGCAGUCCAAAACCGCCCCAACACCACUGAAUUACCUGUAAGAAUAAGGUUCAAACACAGAGGAAGUCCCUUCACCAAGUUUACAAAAGCUGCAGAAGAGACAGGACCAAACGAGCGGGUUUUACCAACGACUUUACAUAAGUCAGCGGAAACAUCUUACUCUGUCAUGACUCCCUAUAUGGCGAAUGUAGUGUGGUCUGUUAUGAGUGAUGAAAAAGUGCUUUGAAUGCGAAGAAUUUGUAGACAUCGAUAGAUAUGUGACAACAAACAUAAUAAAAAACCAAACAAACAAAUAGAGAAACCGCGUCAAAUAGAGAAACUUUACAUGCUUAAAUCAAUAUCUAAAUAACUAAGAAGGUAAAAGAAAUGAAUUCAUUGAAUGUUAAAAUAAAAAUUAAGAUACUGCUCGCAUUCCUAUAUCACACUGGCUGUUUGAAUGUUUGAAAAAAUACAUAUACACAGUGAUUGCAAACGUAUUCUGAUUAACUUGCGACUAAAUUGCUGUUAUACAUCGUAUUUCUUUCACUAGCGCAAAGAGCAACAUUAAUAAAGGCUGAAAUCGGCAAUUACACUACUACCAACGUUAUUUUCAGUGCCGGAAACGCCUGCAAUAAGCCAAUUGGCUGUAAUUCACAAUGAAACACAAGCCGGCUGUGAUUCGCAAUGAAACAAGCUCCACGUCAAUGAAUAGAUUUGCUUGGAUCAGUCUUUACGUUUAAAACCUUUGAUAAAUUCAGUCUGUAGGCCAUGUACAUAAAUUAACAUAAGCUAGUAAUCUGGUUUUAAGUUUGUAAAA